AUGAGUGGAAGAGGCAAAACCGGUGGCAAAGCCAGGGCAAAGGCUAAGACCCGUUCAUCUCGUGCCGGGCUGCAGUUCCCAGUGGGUCGUGUUCACAGACUGCUGCGUAAAGGUAACUACGCUGAGCGUGUCGGAGCCGGUGCCCCCGUCUAUCUGGCCGCUGUGCUUGAGUACCUGACUGCUGAGAUCCUGGAGCUGGCUGGAAACGCUGCCCGCGACAAUAAGAAGACCCGUAUCAUCCCCCGCCACCUUCAGCUGGCCGUCCGCAACGAUGAGGAGCUGAACAAGCUGCUUGGCGGAGUGACCAUCGCUCAGGGAGGAGUGCUGCCCAACAUCCAGGCUGUGCUGCUGCCCAAGAAGACCGAGAAGCCCGCCAAGAAGUAA